UAGGUACCAGGCGAAUGGAUUAUAUUUCUACUGGUCCGGAGACUAAUCCCAAAAUCGAGGAUGAUUCAACAUCUAAACAAAUUCUUGAGUAUUAUAGGAAAUAUUCACAAAACCAAGGAUUAACUAAAUAUUUCUCUGGCACUCCACUAUCAUAUCUCCCAGAGAUCAAAGAUGAUUAUGUGUUCAAUGAAUUACCGGAUUCUGAUAUUCCUAAUAUUAUUAUUGAAAGUGAUGUUGAUAUUAUUUUGGUAACAAAUCCCAGUACAUCCAAAGAAAAUGAACAAUCUGCUUCAUCUCCUACUAGUAGUGUAAAUCAUAAAUUGGAAUGGGACAGUCUAGCAGAUAUUGGCUAUACAAAUACCAACAUUACAAAACAAUUUCAUAGCAAUUGUUUAUUCCCUUCAUUAUCUGAAAAGAAAGAUGAGACUCAGAAAUAUAAAAAUACUCCAUCUGAUGGUAUGGAUAAUAUAAAGUUAAUUAUUUUUCCUUAUUCAAGUGGUUCAGAAGAGGUUGAAAAUCUCAAGGAUUAUUCCUCCUCAUCCUCAUUUCCAGAGGAUAAAAAGAUGUGUUCUUCAACCUGCUCAAAUACAAGUAUAUAUAGUAUGAAUAUUCAAAAACCAUGUACCUCUAGUUCCCAGUCAACAUCAUCUGAGAAAAUAUCCCAUUUCAAGAACACACUAUCAUAUUUGAAGAAAAAAAUUGGAUUACCAGAUGCCCAUUCAACACCAAAUAUUGAUGAAAAACAUAAUGAUGAUUUUACUGGUAUUUCUGAAACACCAAUUGCUAAACAAAUUGAGAAACCAAUCAAAAAUAUAUUGACCAAUGAAGAUUACUAUGGAAGCUUUGAUAUUCUUGAAAAUGAACCUGGAGAUGGUCACUUACACAAUAUAACACAACUACAAGAACAAGGAAGUGAUGGAGUAAAUACUGUGGUCAAAAGAGUUAUUAAUCUGUGUCAAACUGAACCACUUGCAUUAGAAUGCAUACCAACUCAACCUAAAUUUGAAAAUAAAAAUAUGCAAACUAAAUCCAAGUAUCAAAUUAAUGUAGCUGUCCAAACUCUGCCCAGUUCAGAAAAAAAUAAAGGGAGAACUGCAAAUCAGGCUCAACAAAAUGUUAAUCAAUGUCUUAUGCAUGAAAAUCAUUCUGAAACUAAUAAGAUCAAUCUCAAAAGUACAGGAACUGGUUCUGAAAUAUCACAUUCUGACAGUUUCAAUCCCAUAAAGAAGGAUCCAUUGAAAUUUGGUUCUGAAAUAGAUGUCCAUGUAAACAAGGUGGAAUUAUCCAAUGAUGUUGGAAAUAAUGGUGAUGAGAAUAGCAAUAACAAAAACAAUAAUAUAGAUAUUGAUUAUUGCCAGAUUUCUUCAGAAGAUAUUCAUAUGGCUAAUGCAAUUGUUUCCAGUACUAUUGAAAACCCAAGUGAUUACAUUGAAAAAUAUAUUCAUCUGUUCCAGAGGCUUCUUAGAUCUAAGAAAUAUGAUUCAGUAACAAAAAAACAUUACUUGAAGAAAAUUAUCAAGAAAAUUACUGAAUCAAAAUAUCUUGAAGAGUCAAGUACAAGUUCUGAUUUGUUCCUCCCAAAAAAAUAUAAUUCAAAUUCUCAAACUCUUCCUGAUGUCAAAUUUGUUCCUACCAGCACUGACUCUACUGAAGAAAAAUCAUUGAGAAAUAAUAGUUCAAAAUGUAUUAUCAGUGAAGGAAAGUUGCAGAAAAAGAGAACAUUUCAAAUAAAAUGUUCUCAUCAGGAUAUCAUGCCAAAUGCAUCUAUCCCCAUGAAUGAAAUAUCAAAUUCUGAUGAUAUUGUAGGAGUUGAUGUAGAAAGUGUAAAUAAUUCAAUCAUUCAUACUAAUAAGGAAUCAUUCAAUGAUAAUCAAAGUACAGAUAAGUUGCAACAAAAAUCUAACCAUUUUUAUUCAGACACUGUGAGCCCUAAUGUGAGCAAAGACAAACAACAAUAUGGUUCUACUUCCACUUCAAAAUCAUACAAGAAUUGGAAGGAUAACAAGACUAUUUCUGAAAAAAUUCUUGACCAAAUUAAUUUACCAAGUUGUGAUGGUGACUACUUGAUCAAAGUUGCAAAUGAGGAUAGAAACUACCAAGUUAACUGCAUUGAAACAAAAAUGAACAAAUUAGUAAAUUCAAGCAGAUCAUCAGAAAAACAACCAGUUGAACUGUUGACCAUGAAGAGUCAGAAAAUGGUGCCAAAGACUACUUCAGCUUAUACUGUAUCUGAGAAAAGUGACAAUGAGUUGAUAAUGAGAAGAAAUUUUGUCAUCCAGACUAAUUUGGGUGCAGGGUCUUCCAAAAAUAAAUUUUUCUGCUUGGACGGCAGAAAAUAUGUGCUUGAGAAUUCCACCAAUGAAAAUAAAAAUUCAGAAAAAUCAGGGCAAGUGUUUGCUGAUCUAGAAAUUGUUUUAUCUGAUACCACAACCAAUAUUAAAGUUACUACUUCUUGUGAGAAUUGUAAAACUUCCCCAUGUGUUUGCCAAUGCCAAUAUUCCAAAGAUACUGAUCAACCAAGGUCUCACAGAACACAUAGAGAGCUAAGAAAAAAUGUUUGUUACAAAUGCAGUAAACUAUGUUGCAGUUGUUCAUCUACUGAAUCUAAAUCUGGUGAAUGGAUUUGUUCAUUUUGUUGUACAUCUCCAUGUUUGUGUACUGAUAAAUUUAAAGACAAUGAAACAAGAUAUGAAUUUGCAUAUAAAAAAUGCAUGAUUUGUGGGGCUCAUUCAAGUCAUUGUACUCAUGAUGUAAUCCUACAGGAGAAAUGUUUACCUACUAAUUCAGCAAAAGUCAAGGCAAAAAUGAAGAAGACAUCAGAGGGUUCUGCAAAUUCUUCUGUACAAUCCUCAAAAUGUGAAGAUUCUUCCCACAGACAACAAAUCAAUACAGCAGACAGCUUCACCAAAAGUGCUGGUAAGUUGGUAAUGUUACUUGUGCUACUUAUAUAUACUUACUACUUAUAGCUAGUUGCAUUUGGAUUGCAUUGUCACUUUUGCCACAUAUUGAAAAAUGAUACCAGUUGAUGAAUUGACAUCCAAGAUUUACCUAUACUAUAAAUCUGCAAAAUAUGGUGAUGUUGUAAGUAUCUUAAUCUAAUGUAUGGAAAUUUUAUUGAAAUCAAAAUUAUUGAGGAAAGGACAAAAGUGCAAUUCAAAGUACAGCUACUUUAUUAUGGAAUUCAAUGAAGUUGAAAUUAUAAACAAAAUUCACAGGAUUUGGUAAACUUCAAACGAUAUGAAAGUAAAAUUUCGCAAACGGAACAUUGGAAAGAUAAGUCCAGUUGUAAUAAUAUCGGCGUACAAGUACAGGUAUAUACGCAAAACCAAAACUCACAGACAUUCAGUAAUUUGAGCAAUCAGAUUUCUCAGACAUCGAAAUCUCAACGUCAUUCACAAGAUGUUGGAAUCCAAACUUCAGCUAUUGUACCUGUGAAAAUACCACGAAAGACUGAAGUGAUUCAAGUGGGAUCACAAGAUCAAAAUACUUUAACCAAAGCUGAAGAUGUAAGAGUCCAUCAAUUGAAAAACAAUAGCAAUCAGAGAAAUGCAGCCCCGCGACAUAUUACUACAUCUUCAAAUAGUUCUCACAUUUUGGUUCCUCAUUCUAUUGAAAAAUCAUCUGAGAACAUCGAUGGUCAAACCAACAUCGAAAACGCCAAUGCAGGUGGAAAUAAAAGUCCAGAGAAUGAUAUGUAUUUGAAUUUAUCUUCCAUGUCACCCAAUGAAACAUCUUCCGGCAAUACCGUUUCUGAAAAUUCAGCUACAUCUGAUCUCACGUGUAUUUGUUGUAAAAUGAGAACAAAUAUUGAAAACGUUUCUCUGAUGCGAAGCAACAAUCAGGAAUAUCCUCUGUGUCAUCAUUGUCUAGGGAAGAAACCAAUUUUAACUUCCGUAUGCUAUACAGGUCCAGAAAAGGAUGUUGUUAAUGACACAAAUGCCACCAGUGACAGUUUCCGAAGAAUGGAAGAAUAUUGUACUUGCACCAAACAAUCUAAAUCUCAGAAUGGACAUUAUUGUUUUCAUUGUCAGUUCAAAUUGAAGAAGACUGUAAGAAGCCGAAAUGCCAUCGCUUAUACGCUGACUUUAGAAAAUGAGACACCUAGAAAAUUCAAAAGCCAUAAGAAGAAAACGAAGCGGUUAGAGGAAAUCAAGGUGAAAGUACCUUGCCCUUCAAAUAGAAAAACAUUCAAGAAUGAGGAAAAUUCCAGUAAAAGAGAUGUAUAUAGGUUACAUAAACGAGAAAGUUCACUACGUGAAAAUAUUGAGACUGAGAGAAGAGAUAUCGAAAAAUCUACAGGUCAUGUGACUAAGAAUAUCAAGAAGAAUUUGACUUUACAGAUACAUCAUUUUGGAACUACAGAAGAAUCCCAUUUGAGAUGCAAUCAUGAAGAAGCUGAUACUCGUUUGAUUCUCCACAUUUCCCAUCAGCGUCACAAUAAAAUGAUAAUAAAGUCAGAUGACACGGAUGUCUUCGUUCUUCUUCUGUAUUAUUAUUGGAAUUAUGAUAAUGUUAGAUCCAAUACCAUAUACAUAUUAUGGGGAAGGGCCAUGGUACAGCUUUCACAAAUAGAAGGAGAUUUAAUGCAAUCUACGAUAUAGCAAAAAUGUACUUGCGAUGGAUUACCUGCAUUCCAUGUUUAAACAGGAUGUGAUACAACCAGUUCGUUUUUUGAGAUUGAGAAAAAAUCAGGAUGAGAUAUAUAUAUCAAAAAUGAGGGAGAACUUAUGUCUGGAUCGAAUUGAAAAUGUUGAGAAAAGUGAGGGAAUUGCUAGAGAAUUUGCCAUUUACGUAUACAAACAAGAGACCUGCCAAGAUCUCAACCAGGCCAAGCUAAUUCUAUGGAAAAAAUUCAAAAAAUCUGUUGCUAUGACCAAAUAUUAAUGUUGUCGCGUAGGUUUGUAUCAUCAGCAAAAUCCGAAAUAAUUUGGUUGACAGAAAGAAGGGGGCCACAAUUACUUACUCCAAAAAUUAAUGUGUUUGACCCAAACACUAG